AUGGGGAUGCAGUACGUUUAUCACAAAUCCGUUGCCACAUUUCUCCGCGCCCUUGUUCGACCCAGACUGCAUAUUCAUCCCAAACCAGAUGACACAGUAUACGUCCCAUCUCGUGAUGAAGGCCGAACCAUCAAAACCAAUAUAUACGGAACGGAGGAAGACAAACCAACUCCCGUCCUUAUCAACUUCUGUGGUAGUGGCUUUGUUCUCCGCACCUUCGGCAAUGAUGACGAAUACUGCCGGUUCGUCGCAGACAAGACCGAAUACACUGUGAUUGAUGUUCAGUACCGACUCGCGCCCGAGAACACAUUUCCAGCUGCCUUCAACGAUGCUGAGGACGUUGUGAAAUGGGUACAAUCGCAGCCCGGUCGCUUUGAUGCUUCCUGCAUCUCGCUUUCGGGGUUCAGCGCUGGAGCCAACAUCGCGCUCGCGGUAGCAUCAUCAUCAGCGCUGUUUGGUGGCGAAGAACACAAGAGCAUUUUCAAUACCGUUGUUUCCAUUUAUGGACCGACUGACAUGGCGCUACCAACUCCAGAGAAACCGUUGGUGGAUUCCUCCAACUGGAUCAUGAAGAAAAUAUUUCCAAAAUUCUCCCAAACUUGUCAUAAAUUGCUCAACCCAGGCAACGUUGAUGCAUACGAUCCCCGUAUCUCCCCUGCCUUUGCCGAUCCGCACAAUUUCCCAAACAAUGCAUUGUUCAUCACGGCAUCACAGUGUGCAUUUGCUGUCGAGGCGGAGACUUUGUCUGAGAAAAUUGAUGGCAUAGAUGGAAAGGUCUCAUUGAGUCGUCGAAUGGAAGGAUGCGCCCAUGGUUGGGAUAAGGAGGCCAUUCGUGGCUCCUCUCAGUGUAAAGCGAAGGAUGAGGCAUAUGCAUUGGUAGUGGCGACCCUGCAAAGAGGCGAAACAGAGGUCGCAAAGGCCAGGGAAGCAGUGGCCUGA